CCUCAAACCCCGCCUCUUCUCGCCGGCGGCCUCCUCCUCCUCCUCUCGCCGGUCAUCUCCUCUUCUUCUCUAUCGUGAAAUUGGUGUUCUAUUGCUGUGAUUUCUUCUCCAGAUCCGAUUUGAUCGCUUAUUCUGAGGCGGAGAACCUUCAAUGGCGAAAGCGAGAGACAAAUCUAAGCCCUCAGCUCCGUCCAAGAAGAAAGGAAAGAAGCGGGGUGUAAAUGGUCCUGCGGUUGCCGCCAUGAAGUCCUCGAAAGCUUCAAAACCAAAUCCAUUUGAGACUAUCUGGUCUCGCAGCAAAUUCAGUAUUAUUGGCAGGCGCGGUAAGGGUGAGGAACGCCGCGUCGGGCGUGCUCGAUCACAAGCUAUUGAGAAGAGGAAUAAGUCACUGUUGAAGGAGUAUGAAGAGAGUGGCAAGUCAUCAAAGUUCAUUGAUAGGAGAAUUGGAGAGAAGGAUGACACACUUCAAGACUUUGACAAGGCUAUCCUCCGUAUGCAACGCCAGCGGCAGUUAAAGUUGAAAAGAUCAAGCAAGUUCAAUUUGCCUGAUGAAGAAGAAGAUGAUGAUGAUGAUUCCGCCUUUAAUCAAUCACAUUCACUUUCAGCAAAAGAUGAUUUUGAGGACAAUGUUUCUUUAGAUGAUGAGGAUGAAGCUGAGGAGUACAUACGGCUCUCGAAUGUCGCAGACUCCUCAAAACAUUUUCCGUCACAUGAUAUGAAUGACUCAUUGGAAACUAGCUCCCAGGAUGGAAAUGAGAAUACCCAUAAAACCAAGAAACAAGUGAUGAUGGAGAUUAUUCAAAAGAGUAAAUUUUUCAAGGAACAAAAAGCGAAGGACAAAGAAGAGGAUAGACACCUAAUGGAAAAAUUGGAUGAGGACUUCAGGUCAUUGGCUCAAUCAGAAGCGUUACGUUCCUUAACUCAACCAACUAAGAUGAAUGCUCUAAAGGCUCUAUUGAACAAGAACCCCACAGGGAAAACUAGCAAAGAAGAAAAAACUACAGUGGAUAAGGAAUUGUUUAAGAAGGAACAACCUGAUGCAUAUGACAAACUCGUCAAAGAGAUGCUGCAUGAUAUUCGUGCUCGGCCGUCUGACCGGACAAAAACUCCUGAGGAAAUAGCACUAGAAGAAAAAGAAAGGCUUGAAUUGUUAGAGGAGGAGCGUAAGAAUAGGAUGCUUGCGGCUGAUGACUCUGAUGAGGGCAGCGAGGGUAGUGAUAAUGAUGAACUGCCAGAUAUAAAGAAGCGCAAAACCUUAUCUGGCGAUGAUCUUGGAGAUUCAUUUUCUGUGGGUGCGGAAACAGCAAAUAAAAAGGGGUGGGUUGAUGACAUUUAUGAAAGAGAAGAUGCAGCAGGUGAUAAAGAUAAAGAUGUCACUUCAGAGGGUUCAGAUAGUGAGGAAGAUGAUCAAGGAGCAGAUAGUGAUGAAGAUGACAGUAGUGGCAAUGAAUCUGAUGCCAUUCCCUCUGUGAAAGAUUGGGAGCAAAGUGACGAUGAUGCUCUGGGCACAAAUGAUGAAGCUGAACUUGAAGAAAAGGAGUUGAAUGACAAUGAUGCAAAGGGCAUGAAAGUCAGGAAAAUGAAUUCAGAUAAUCAGAAGGCGGAUGUUGCUAGGAGGCUUCUUUCAAAACAAGAGACACUUCCUUACGUUAUUGAAGUCCCAAAAAACUUGGUGGAAUUAUGCUCAUUGCUGGAUAAUAGGUCAGAUGCAGAAGUAGUUGAGGCAAUUAAUCGAAUUCGAGCCUGCAAUUCAAUAAAACUCACUGCUGAAAACCGUUGGAAAAUGCAAGGAUUUUAUGGUGUCCUAUUGCAGUAUUUUGCAACUUUAGCAUCUCGAAAGCCAUUAAAUAUUGGGAGGAUAAAUUCUCUUGUGAGACCAUUGAUGGAGAUGAGUGGAGAAACCCCAUUUUAUGCUGCUAUUUGUGCGCGAGAACGUCUGUCACACAUACGAACUAGAUUUUGUACAGAUAUCAAGCUUCAAGAUAAGAGCAGCUGGCCAUCUUUGAAGACCUUGUUGCUGUUGAGAUUGUGGUCAUUGGUAUUUCCAUGCUCUGACUUCCGUCAUGCAGUCAUGACGCCCGCCGCUCUUUUGAUGUGUGAAUAUCUGAUGCGCUGCUCCAUAGUUUCUGGUCAAGACAUUGUUGUUGGGUCAUUCUUGUGUUCUAUGAUGCUAAAUGUUUGUAAACAAUCUCACAAGUUCUGUCCUGAGGCCCUGAACUUUCUGCAAGUUCUACUGAUAUCUGCCAUAGAUUUAAAGCCUGGACGGAAGAAUCUUUCGCAGAUGUAUCAUACUAUAGAGCUAAAAACAACUAAACCUUGGCUGCGAAUCUGCAGCCAAGAGUCUGAGGUGCACGCUCUUGAUUUUUUUGAGGUCAUGAACAUGGAAGCAGAGUCCACAUAUUUUUCAUCUGAUGACUUCAGGGCCUCUGUUCUUGCAUUCAUGGCUGAAAUAUUAAAAGGAUUCAUCAGCAUAUACGAAGGAUUAAGUUCAUUUACAGAAAUAUUUUCUCCAAUUUCUGGUUUAUUACUUGCAGUUCUGCAGAAUGACAACAUUCCACAAUUGUUACGAAACAAUUUGGAAGAUAUUGUCGAAUUCAUAAAGAAGAAAACUGAUGAACACCAGAAACUGAGGCAACCAUUGCAGAUGCGAAAACAGAAACCAGAGCCUAUCAAACUCUUAAAUCCAAAAUUCGAGGAAGACUUUGUAAAGGGUAGGGAUUAUGACCCUGAUCGAGAAAGAGCAGAGAUGAAAAAGAUGAAGAAACGGUUGAAGAGCGAAAAGAAAGGCGCAAUGCGUGAGUUGCGUAAAGAUAAUCACUACUUAUUCCAAGUUAAACAAAAGGAUAGAAUGAGGGAGGAAGAAGAAAGAACAGAGAAGUAUGGGAAGGCAAUGGCUUUUCUCCAAGAACAAGAGCAUGCAUUUAAAUCAGGGCAACUCGGAAAAGGCAGGAAAAGAAGAAGAUGAACAACACAUCAUGACUAGGCAAGUUCCGGCUUUUCCAUGGCUUUUCUCCUAGAACUGGAGCAAGCAUUUAAAUCCGGGCAACUCGGAAAAGGGAGGAAAAGAAGAAAAUGAACGCAUUAUGAUUGUGCAAGUUCCAGCUUUCUUGUGCUUGUAUUUUGUAUAUUUUGUUAUUUUGAGUUAUUAAUGUGAGGAAUUCAUCGCUUA